UCCUCCCUUUUCUCUUGGGUGUCUUCACAGUAAAAAGGUCAGUAGUUGCUUUGUAAUCAUCUGGGAAGGGAAUGAUUUUCCAGUUCCGGCGGUCAUGGAAGUAGAUACUGGAAAUUCAUGUUAUAUUGAGAAGCUGCCCGUAGAAAGAUAUACAUCUACAAGAGAAACAAAGAAGCCUCCAGAAAAUAACAAAAGCCCUCCUGUAUUUGUCAAUCAUGCUGCUAUUGCAUGGCACGAGAACAGAAGAAAAUGGGUUGGAGAUCUAUCAAUGAGGUCAGAACGGGUGCCCAAGGAUCCAAUUAUAAGUUGGUCAACAACUUAUGAAGACUUGCUCUCUACAACUGAGCCUUUCUCCGAGCCAAUUCCUUUAACUGAAAUGGUAGAUUUUUUAGUUGAUAUCUGGCACGAUGAGGGGCUUUUUGACUAAAAUAAUUUAGAAGACGAUUUCAUCCAGGUAUCUCAUGCAGAUUAUUGUGCAGACGUGGGAAAAUACUUGUGCACCUUCGACAGUCUUUUGACCCCUAAGAUAUUUAGCGUGACAUUCAACUUCUUUUAGCAAAUUCUUCUAGUCAUUGAUCUUUAUAGAACUUCCAUUUUGUGUUGUACCAUUUGUGUAGUCAUUGCCUAGUAUAUCAUUAAUAGGUGGACAAAACCUCGGAGAGUCCUCUGAAUCAUGUUGUAUCAAACAUUAAUGUAUCACACCAUAAGUACUGAAUCUUUGAAACAGAUUCUUAAUUAUCCCAAAGUAGCCAUGUUUUCAAUUA